GCUGCAGCCGGGGAGGUGGAGCCGCUUUAUCGGGAGCCCAAGUGGAAAUUUCCCCGUCAGUUGCCGGCUCCGCCGCGGAGGGAGCACCAGCGAGGGCCGCCUACUCUCGUGUCCCCGUGUCUCGCCGCGUCCUGCCCGCUGUCAUGUCCAACUACAUCCACGUCCCGCCUGGCUCGCCGGAGGUGCCCAAGCUGGACAUCACGGUCAGCGAGCGGGAGGGGCCCGGCUAUCGCCAGGGCGCCCUGCAGCUCCUGCGCCGGCUGCGCCCGCACUGGAGACCCGAGGAGGUGACGCUGCAGCUCUUCACCGACGGGAUCACCAAUAAGUUGAUUGGCUGCUACGUGGGCGACACGAGGGACGACGUGGUGCUGGUUCGCAUCUACGGCAACAAGACGGAGCUGCUGGUGGACCGCGACGAGGAGGUGAAGAGCUUCCGCGUGCUGCAGGCCCACGGCUGUGCCCCCCAGCUCUACUGCACCUUCAACAACGGCCUGUGCUACGAGUUCAUGCAGGGAGAGGCCCUGGAUCCAGAGCACGUCUGCAAUCCUGACAUUUUCAGACUCAUUGCUAGACAGCUUGCUAAAAUCCAUACUAUUCAUGCACACAAUGGAUGGAUCCCUAAAUCUAAUUUGUGGCUGAAAAUGGGGAAAUACUUCUCCCUCAUACCCACAGAAUUUGCAGAUGAGGAAGUCAAUAAAAGGUUCUUAAGGGACAUUCCGAGUCCCCAGGUUCUUCAGGAAGAGAUGGCCUGGAUGAAGGAGAGACUGUCAAAUUUAGGAUCACCAGUGGUGCUCUGCCACAACGACCUGCUGUGUAAGAAUAUCAUUUACAACAAGAAGAGAGGUGAUGUGCAGUUCAUAGACUACGAGUACUCCGGGUACAACUACCUGGCUUAUGACAUUGGAAAUCACUUCAAUGAAUUUGCAGGAGUAAAUGAGGUAGACUACAGCCUUUAUCCCAACAGAAAAUUACAGGAGCAGUGGCUGAGAUCUUACCUCGAGGCCUACAAAGAAUAUAAAGGAUUUGGCACAGAAGUCAGUGAAAAAGAAGUUGAAGUUCUGUAUGUCCAAGUCAAUCAGUUUGCACUGGCUUCGCACUUCUUUUGGGGAUUGUGGGCUCUGAUUCAAGCCAAAUACUCCACCAUUGAUUUUGAUUUUCUAGGGUAUGCAAUUGUUCGGUUUAACCAGUAUUUCAAAAUGAAACUGGAGGUCAUGACGUUAACCCUUCCUGAGUAAUGAAGAGGAGGACUCUUACCAAGUGGAUGGACAACCCCUGAAACUUUUCUGAGAACAGAUACUGGAAAAAAAGCUAAACAUUUGUUGAAGUGCUGUAAUGCUCACUUGGUGGUUCUUGCUUUAUAAAUAAUGCCUCUAGACAGUCCUUCAAUGUUAAAUUUAUUAUGAAGAACAUACGUACUGCUGUUGAUAUAAAACGGAUUAGAAACUUGCUAAAUCUAUAAAAAGUUGUAGAAAUGGCAAUUUAAUCCUUCUUUGUAAUUUAACAUAUGUUGUACGUGAAUUAUUUAUUAUAUGUUUAACAUGAUUCCGUUGCUGCUUUCAUCAGUUUCUGUUAAAGUUGGGUGCAGACAGUGAAGUUGUUCCAAAGGAUUUGUUCAACAACUUAAUUUAUUGAAGUUGCAUUCACUUAUGCUGAAGAAGACAUGUCAGAGACAGUUGUUCUUUUAGAGGCCUACGAGCAAAAGGAGUGACAGUAGACUUGUGAGAUCUCUAGUGUGGUAUAGCUAGGGAGAAGGGUUAGGAUGAUCUUUGUUUCCCCCUCCACCCCUUUUUCUAAAGGUAGCUUUCCAUACAAUGGUACUUUUCUUUUGCACAAGAAUCAAGCAGCUUGUUGAAAGGAUAAAUAACAUUUUGAUUUUUUUUCAUCUGGAUUGGGCUGUAGAAAUGUUCAAGUUCUGUGACCACAAGAUUCUGUGAGGAUAUUGUACCAACUUCUGGUGAUAGGCCUGCCAUCCCCAACUUCCCUGGGAAAGCUGCUUGUUUAUUACCUGUACUCUUAGAAUCAAAAGACCACUAUUCCAAACCUCUCUUCCAUUUUGCAUCUUGAUUCUGGAUUUGAACACCGUUCUGGUGUCUGUAUCUGUUGUGCUCCAGUGGCAGAAUGGACUGUUGGACCUGAGAUAGGAGAGCAGAGGUCCUGUGGCACUGGGGAGCAAGACACAGGCUCAUAGCUCCUGUAUCGAAGACAACUUUCUGCUUUGUCCUCUUCUAACCUUGGACUCUUGAGUCUUAAAUGCCUGGUCCUGUAGUUGUGCAAAUUCUGGUAUGUCUGGUGGUUCUUUUUUUUUUUUUUUCUCUGUCAGCAAAUUGCUUUUCAAAGCCUCCAGUUUGAAGGAAGUGUGGAAAAGUGUAUGACUUUGGAAGUGAGGCUUUGAUCAUCUCACACUUUAUUUCUUAAAGCUAUUAUACCAAGAGUGGUCUGGAUUACAAAAUGUUAACUGAAAACAAAAUGUUUACCUACUGGAGCAAUGCAUAAGUUUGUGUGGAAAAGAGGCUUUAACUGUGAAAGGGAGGGUGGGGUUGGGGCAGGAGAUGGGGAAGAACCCACAGCAGAAAGCUCAAGCCCAGCAAUGCGGUUUGGGGCAGGCAUGAGCUCGACUCUGAUGAUACUCUGACAAACUUUGCACUUUGGUCACAUAAGUGCCCACGUGUACAAAGUCUGUGCAUGUGCACGAGCACGUGCAAACACAAACUUAGCUGGGGAGUCUGUUGUACAGACUCCAGCAAAGAUAUUUAUUCAAAAUUGCUUUAUGGCACCUGGCAGUGUGUGUAUGUGUGUAUAGCAUGUACACAUGUACAUACACAUGUGCUUUACAAAAGCUUGUGAUUCAGGACAAAGACAACUCAUGUGAAUGAAAAAUCUUCACCAAUAAAGACCAUUUCCUAUGGUAUUCUCUUGUUUUACAAAAGCACCAUUUAGGAUUUGUUUUUCCUCUUGUUUAUAUUAAUCUAUGAAUGUUUUCAUUUUGUUUUUAUUCAGUCAAAACCUUAAAAAUCUUUAUACAAAUGGGAGAGCUGGGAUUUUUUUGUAACUUGAAAUGAGGUAACCGUUUUUGUUAGCUGGAGGCUACUAUACUGGACAAACUCUCUUUUGAUUUGAAACAAAUAGCUUAAAUAGACAUUUAUAAUUUACUUUGUAGCAGUUAUCAAGGAUGUUGCUAGAGCUCAUGAAGGCACUGAAGUCCUUAAUCUUCUGUACUUUCUCCCUAUGGACUUUAUUGACAUUUGAUGAAUAAUACCCUGCUGUCUUGUAUUUCCUUUAAGUUCAGCAAGAUGUCCUUGGAACUAAGAUUGCUGAAGAUUUUUGAACUCUUUGUUACUAUUUUCUUCCAAGCAGCAGCUUUAUUUCUGACAGUGUUGCUUUGUAUUUAUGAAAUAGUUUGAAAGAAGGCUGUGAAGUUCAUUUGGUCUUGGGAAAUCCAACAACUGACAGAUCCCAAGUUUCCCAAUGGCUGGCAAAACACAUUCCCUUUUCAGGUACCAGUACUACUUAGGUUUGGAGUUACUGUAAUUUUUGUCAGUAGUAUUUUGUUUGUAUAGCUCAAGUAGCAAUAACUGCAGGAGUGGAAGUUUGCUUCCGCAGAACCAAAGCUUUUCCUGAGUGCAGCUCAGUCUCAUCCUUGUGCAGUGAAUCCUGUGAAAGCACUUUGAGGCAGGUAGCAAAUAGCCCAAGCUUUUCCUGAGCCACUUUGAAGGAGCACAAGGACUGUCACAGGUUGCAGUGGUUGACUUUGCAGUACUGGUCAAGGCUUUAAGUUUGCACGUUGGAAUUCACUUCAGCACUGCUCUGAAUCAGCUUUCUCUCAAGAGAAGUGCAGGUUAAAUCCAUUUGUGAUCACUCUGAGGAAAUACUGUAAAGCAUCUCCCAAAAUGAAAUGCCAGUUGCCUUGAGCCUUGUUCCACAUCCGUUUGAGCCAGUAGCACUCGGAUAUCCUCAUUUCCUGAGGAAUAUCUACAGGUGCAUUCAGUUGGAAGUAGUAAUUUGCAUUGCAGAUGGUAAGGUAGCUUGAAACUGUGAAUACAGGACAUUCUGAAUGUAAGUUAGGUACUAGAAAACAUGUAAUUGUUUCACUUAAUUUAUCUUGGUCUCUGUAAUAGCAACAUAAACAUAUUGGAAGGAGGACAAAAAAAUGACUGAGCUCUAGAAACAUCCUGUAGUAGUUUUGACUGUGACUUGCCAAGAAGAUACUCUGUUGCCUUUGUUAAGCUAAGGGCAUGAAUGCCAAAAUUAAUAAUUCUUGCUGUAGUUAAAGCUAUAUUGUAAAUAUAAAGAGGAUCAUUAAUCUGGGCAUUCUUGCAGAAAUAGCAUCAAGUCAAUAGACUGUAGUGGCCUGGUUGCUUUUGUAAAGCAGAAUAGUGUGAUUUUUUUUCCUUCUCAUUUCUGCAGUCAGAUCUGGCUAAUCCAGACCUAAUUUCUUAGGUCACUCAAGCACUAAAGGUUUCUGAACAGUCACUAGUCUCCUGUCACAUAAUUUUAAAUACCUUCAUUGACAUUUGUUGAUUUGCUUUUUAAAAGGACGUGAAAUUUGCAUUAACCAGGUCUGACUGUACGUGUAUAUACAACAGUGUAAAUAACCAUUUGUAAAUUAGUGUGAAUUGUACUCUAUCUUGCAUUUAUGGACUUGUGUAUUGCAUUGUAUUCUCUCCUAUUUUGUAGAAAUCUUGUUGUAAAGAAGAAAUCUAACUCUGUGUGCAGACUUCUUUUGUUAAAUUGAUUUAUAACGCAGCAUAAUACUUUCUUGUUAAGAUAUCCAAUUAUAGCCUUGGACACCCAGUGUCUUUUUUUCCCCCAUUAGCUUUUUUGAAAUCUUGCUCUUGGGAAUGAUUCUGGGAAUAAAGAGAUUUAUACAGUACUUAGAUUAAGAGAUCUGUUCUAAUAAUAGGGCAAACCAUGUGUCCGAGGUAUAUGCAGUACCAGUGGGAUAGGGAAAGCUGUUAAAGUUGUUUCUUUAAACUUCCAAACAUUUCCUAUACAUUCUUGAAUGCUGUUGACUUCUAAACUGAGCGUGUUGGAUUGAAGCACUCCUGAAGUGUGUGCUCCCAUGGGGACACUGCUUGAGGUAGCUGUGAUAGUCCCUCAAAUGCUUUUGGUGGAUAUAGCCUUCUGAUAGGAUUAGUUGCUAACUUGUAAGUGCUUAUACUGAAUGCCCAAAUCACUCAUAGAGGUCUGUGAAUUAAUUACCUCAACUCUAGAACUAUUGUACCCCUUUAGAGUAUUUAAAACUUAUAGCUGAAAUAUUUUCCCUAUGUGUGAUUCCUUCCCCCUCCACCUUGUGCCCACAAUCCUACUUCUUUUAGUGUAAACAUGAAUCUAAAUCUUCUUUCCCAUACUUGGCUUAUCACUAUUUCCUUUUGGACUAAAAUUACAUUCUGCUUUGUCAGUGCAUGACUUCUCAUCAGAAUUUUUUUUUGUGUAAGAAGUCCCUUUCUGAAGAGGCCUUUAACCUUGGAAACACAGACAUAACAAAGGUUAGCUUUUCCCCUGUGUUUCAUCACUGUUGCCUUUCAUUGUCUGUUGUGAACUCCAUGGUGUCCUUCAAGCUCUCAGUUUAUUCUUCUCACUGGUGUGUUGAAUACCUCGGCUGGAAAAUUCUGGUUUGCAAAUCUUGCUCUCCAUCUGACAAAUUGACCUUGAUGCAGGUUUUACAACCUCUCAGCCUUACCUGUGUGACACUUGAGGUUACAAAGGUCCUGGGAAGUGAGUUUAUCCAAGAAGUGCUAGUCAGGAGGAGGGAUGGGCUUGAUAAAAGUAAGUAAAAGGAAAUCACUCACUUGGAAUCUCAAGUUUUUGCUGUAGCAAGGUAUUGAAUAUGCUUGUUUGCUCUCAUGGUUUAAGGACAAGAGCAAAUUAUAAAGGGUAAAGUUUAUUUCAGAAUGAAGCUCAGACGUUUUUUUAAAGCCUUUGGUAGGUAACAAGAUUCCAAAUACUCUUUUGUUACUCAUACCAAAAUAAUUCUUAAAAUGGAGAAACUUUUUGAUCAAAUAAAACUUUGUUCCAAACCGCAGUGACGCUAUGGUCUCUUGUUCUAGUUAGCAGAGCAGGUUGAGCAUGUCACACGUGUCUGUGUAUUGGGUGCUUGUAUGUUGCUUGUUUUCAUGCUUUUUUGUUAUUUGUUGUGUGUUAAGAUUGCUAAACUGCUGCACUUGGCAACUGUCUACUGUCAUCUUCCACACCCAGCAGGCUGUAGUCAUGGCAGUGGAGCAGAAAGCAUUUUUUCAGACCUUAAGGGAAAUGCAAGGCUGAUGUGGAGCAGUCUUGCAGAUGAUUUUUCCUCCCUCUAUGACUGUGAGUGGCAAACUAAUUGUUUUCAAUAGCUGUGAAAGAUAGGAAAAACCAAGACCUUUGAGCUUGUGCAGGGUGGAUGUUCUGUUAACCAGACACAGGGGCUCUCAGCAGUGAGAAAUCACACCAUUCCAGACGGAAUGUGUUGGAUUGAACCAGACUUUGGGGCUUAGAGACCUUCAGUGGGAAGGAAAAUGUCUGAAGUGUUUGCACAGGCUGGUUGUAAGGAGGUGCUCCAUCCAAGUGAAGUGCUGAGACACUGGAUAAGGCAUUGUUUUUUGUAAAAUUUUUUUUCUUUUUAAGUGACUUUUACAGUUGGUCUGAUCUGCAGAGAUUAUGUAAUUAGAAACCAGUCAACCUGGGGAGAGAGGGAAGAAACUGUUCAAAAAAUAAUUUCUAAAAAAAGGAAGCACCUUUGUAGCUGAUUAGUUUGCAAUGCAUUGUGAUUUGGGCUUUUCUGUGUAUUUAAUAGUGUGGAUGUUGCUCUGCACAGAAUUCUUUCAUGAAGGGUUUUAUUGCUAUUGGGAAAUGUCAGAAAACUGACUGGCAUGGCCCUGAAGACCACUGGGACCUUAGAUGGCCAGACUUGACCAGAUGACCAAAUUUUUGGUUCAGGCUUUCACACUCUCUUUCUGCAGCCUUCUGAAGUUGUCAAGCUGCUAUCACAGUUUCCCUGUGCUGUGGAAUUCAGUUCAUGGACUUCCCCAAUGUCUUUGAUUUGGUGUUUAUUGAGAGAUGACACAGAGGGAAACUUCAUGGAAAUGAAAAGGAAAGGAAAACAAGUUACUUGAAAUCUAGCAAGCCAACUUUGAUGCUAAAUGCUGACAUAACUUCAGGUGCUGCACCAGCCUAUUUUUGCAACUGUGUUUUUCCUCUGUUAAGUGGUUUUGGGUUUUUUCCCCACAUAGAGACCCAUGCAAAAUGCAAAUGAAAGAGACCUUGGAAGAGAAACAUGAAAAAUAUAAUAUAAAAUGGAUAAAAUACAGCAUGAACUGGAGAGAAAGUAUGUGUUUCUAAAUUUUUGGUAGUAGUAAUUCCUAAGUGUUGUCAGAAAAUAAGUGUCCAGCCUUCAGUGUGUGAAAGUUCUUUUAUUUUGUAGCAAGUUUCCAUUUACCAUUUUGUAUCACAGUGUGGUAGUUAAUGCUGCUGCUUUGUACACAAGUGCUUUGGAUAGUCUCAGCAGGGAGAAUGUACCCAGUCCUUGAGGUGUGGCUUCAAGUCAGGGCCGUUGGUUCUGAGCCUCUUCACUAAAACCCUCUGAACACUUGCAGACACAGGGCCACAGCACAUGAGGAAUAUAUUCCAUUUUGUGUCAUUUUCUUUGUUACUGCGGAUUUUUCAGUGUUCUUUUAAACACAAGUCCACUCGUGUCCUAUGAGUAAACUGAGCUCAAUUUAUAAAAGAGCCUUUGUCAUCUCUAGCACUGUCAUCCCCAAAGGAGUCCCCAUGCCUCUUGUAUGUUGUGGUGUUUAGGUGCAUCAUUUAUUCAUUGGAGUGAAUUGUAUUUCUUUUGAGCUAAAUGUGAUUGAAACUAUUCUAAGGCCUUCUACCACUGAUUAAAUGAAGUAAUGUACCUUUCAAAGAGAUUUAUAUUGUGUAAAUAAUUUGAAAUUGCAACAAUAAAGUUGGUUUCUAAUGGC